UAAUUUCAGUGUAUUUCAAUUAAAUGAAUAUAUCAAAAUAUUACAUACCUUUUUCUACAAAUCUUGGAAAUCCUGUGUGUGUGUUACAUUCGGAGCCCUUCUCAGUCUGCCCUAGCCAUGUGCCCAGCACUCAGUAGCCAGACGCGGCUGGUGGCCACCACACCAGUCAGCGCAGGUGUAGGAUAAGCCUGCUUUACCCAAGCAAGCGAGGCAGGUCAGUGAUCAGCAUGACUGCCCGUCGAAAUGCACAGCCAUGCAACAAGUAAAGCAGACAUACUUUGAGCUUGUGUACUCCACGCAGGAGGCUCUGGGCAGUGCAUGAGGGCUUGAUUGAAGCAGGGCUCUCUCGUUCUCUCUUCCUGGGUGUGUGCGUCCUCCGAGCUUGCCGAGAAGAGGGGCCUCCGAGCCUCAAUCGAGAGCUGCCAGGUGCAGGCCGCCCUGUAGCUUGCUUUAUGCUCCCAGGAUGAAUGAUUUUGGAAUCAAGAACAUGGACCAGGUGGCCCCUGUGUCUAACAGUUACAGAGGGACACUCAAGCGCCAGCCAGCCUUUGACACCUUUGAUGGGUCCCUAUUUGCUGCUUUCCCCUCACUAAAUGAAGAACAAACACUCCAAGAAGUGCCAACAGGCUUGGAUUCAAUUUGUCACGAUUCCACCAACUGUGAAUUGCCUCUGUUAACUCCAUGCAGCAAGGCUGUGAUGAGUCAAGCCUUGAAAGCUACCUUCAGUGGCUUCAAAAAGGAGCAGCGCCGCCUCGGCAUUCCAAAGAACCCAUGGCUGUGGACCGAGCAACAAGUGUGCCAGUGGCUUCUCUGGGCUACCAACGAGUUCAGUCUGGUGAACGUGAACCUCCAGAGGUUCGGCAUGAAUGGCCAGGUGUUGUGCAACCUGGGCAAGGAGCGUUUCCUGGAGCUGGCACCUGACUUUGUGGGCGACAUUCUCUGGGAGCAUCUGGAGCAGAUGAUCAAAGAAAACCAAGAAAGGACAGAAGAUCAGUAUGAAGAAAAUUCAUACCUCAACUCAGUUCCUCACUGGAUUAAUAGCAAUACAUUAGGUUUUGGUGUGGAACAGGCGCCUUAUGGAAUGCAGACCCAGAACUACAGCAAAGGCAGUCUCCUGGACGUGUGCCCAGCAUCCUCUGCGCCCAGUGUGCUCAGCUCGGAGCCGGAUUUUCAGAUGCUCUCCAAGUCACGACUCAACACUGUCAGUGUCAACUACUGCCCCGUCAGCCAGGACUUCGCAGGCAGCAACUUGAACCUGCUCACCAAUGGUCCUGGGAAGCCCAGAGACCACGACCCCCCUGAGAAUGGCGCAGACAGCUUUGAGAGCUCCGAGUCGCUGCUGCAGUCCUGGAACAGCCAGUCAUCGCUGCUGGAUGUACAGCGGGUGCCUUCCUUUGAGAGCUUCGAAGAUGACUGCAGCCAGUCGCUCUGCCUCAGCAAGCCAACCAUGUCGUUCAAGGAUUACAUCCAAGAGAGGAGCGACCCGGUGGAGCAAGGCAAACCAGUUAUACCUGCGGCCGUGCUAGCCGGCUUCACAGGCAGUGGACCUAUUCAGCUGUGGCAGUUUCUCCUGGAAUUGCUCUCCGACAAAUCCUGCCAGCCAUUCAUCAGCUGGACCGGGGACGGAUGGGAGUUUAAGCUCGCUGACCCCGAUGAGGUGGCCCGCCGGUGGGGAAAGAGGAAAAACAAGCCCAAGAUGAACUAUGAGAAGCUGAGCCGGGGCUUACGCUAUUACUACGACAAGAACAUCAUCCACAAGACGUCAGGGAAGCGCUACGUGUACCGCUUCGUGUGCGACCUGCAGAACUUGCUGGGGUUCACUCCCGAGGAGCUGCACGCCAUCCUGGGCGUCCAGCCGGACACGGAGGACUGAGGCCCCCAUAGGGCCGAGAGGGGGCCGUCUGACUGACUGUUCCAAGGACCCUGGAGGGUGGGAUUGAGCACGUCCAGGAAAGCCGCCAAGAAGCAGUGGCCUUAUUUCAUCUGAACCUGUGGUUCUUCACCAAGAGCAGCACCGUUUCUUGCUCCUGAAGCCUGCUGACAGGAAAACGCUAUUUAUGAUGCUGUUACCUUAGAAUGGCCGACAAAGAAGGGCCAGGGAGACACGUGGCUCCAAGUGGUCCGUGUGACAGGCAUGUUCCGACUGUUGGAUAUUCUCAAAGGAGCGACCAUGUUGUGGACUCACAGGUUUUUUGAUUUUCUUUUGCCUUUUCAACCAGGAAUCCCGAGUACAAAAGCAGCUCAUUGGUUCAGAGGGGCUGGAGGUUGCAAGGAGACAAUUGUGCCAUUUCUGACAUUAGUUUGUAUAUAGGAUUGUAAUCUUAAUUGUUACUGAAAUUCUCUAAGUCCUAUUUAACAGAAAUUGUAUAUUAUAAUUUAAAGUAAUUAUAUAACUCUGUGAAAUAAGAACGCAGACAUUCAAUGUUUAUUCCAGUUUUCAAGAGCACAUAAGGCAUUUUGCAAAUGUGUCAUUUGCCUAGGGCCGGCUAAGUGAAGUUGUGACGUAUGUUCAUUUGCAUUUAAUAUGCCAACAGGAGUAAGUUCUAAGAGGAUUAAUCCCUGGUUUUGUUAUGUUUUGUCUUUUGUUUUGCCUGGGUUAUUAUCUGGCAAGGACUCUGUACAUUUGGGAAUUUUUAUAAAAAUCUUAAUGUUAUUAUCUGGGGGCACAUCUGGCCUCUGCUUUCUCCUUCAACUGUAAUGUAAAAGCUAUAAAGCAGUAUUUUUCUUGACAAAUGGCAUAUGUUUUCCAUUUCUAUGUAUGCCUUUAAAUCAAUUUAUACACAAAACUUACUUUAUUUUUUAGUUCAGCUAUGUUUCCCCAACGACUGACCUCCCCUGGGCAACCAUUUCCUUCCCGUGCCCCACCUCCACACUGCAAAUUAUUCUGUAUGAUUAAAAUAAGAAUGCUAUUUUUGGUAAUAGGCGACUCCCUUUCAGAGAUCAGGAGGGAUUUAUGUAGCAGCUAUUUUUACUGCAAUAGUAGUUCACUGGGAAAAAAAUGUAAUUUGUAUGUAAGAAAGCUUUAUUUUUAUCUCAGCUCCAUGUAAAGCUAAGCCUAUUGUAUAGAGCUGAGGUUGGGGUAGAGGGGGGAGGUGGAGAGAGCAGGGCAAGUUUUUAUUAAACCCGUUGGUAUGAAUGAAGCAUGGUUUGUCCCAUCCUUGUUCACCUGCCGAGUCUUAGGGCUGCCUGGGCACCACGCUACUCCUUUCUGUUCAGCUUCCACAACAAGGUGGCUGUCUUCUCAUGUUAUUGGAUGCAGAAUGCCCAGAGGCGGGCAGGGCGCCAACAAGAUGGCAAAGAGAAGGCCUUGGCGUAGUUCACAUGCAGAAAAUGUUUCAGUCACAACGGAGGCUUUUGUAUUGUAGUCGUUUCAAAGGGGCACCUGGUCAGCAUGUAUUCCCGGACUUUGUAAAUGGUCAAGUCGAGUUGGUUUCGAAUCAGACAUGCUUCCUAGCAGUGUGAGAGGACAGCAGGCGGUGGCAGGGUGUGCUGGGACGGGCAAGCCGGACCUGGGGUGACUCAGGUCUCAGCACCCACCCAAGACCAUCCCCCGGGUCUGUCGGCACAGGAUGUUUCUCUCGAACGGGCCUGUUUAUCGCUAGGACAUCUGUUUAUAACAUCAACAGACUCUUGAAUGAGAACAUCGUGCUGCUGAAAGAAAUGUUCACCAGUGGUUUAUUUUAUACGGGGUUGAACCCCAUGGAAUUGCCAGCAUUGGCUUUUGUAUGGACCAAAGCUGGCAGUUGCAUGGAGUUCAAACUAGUAGUUAAUGGAAACUAAAGGCCGUUAUAAACCUUUGGCAUGGUAAUGAACAGAACUUAAGUAUAAAAAUUUUCUAAUUUGGUCUUUUCUUCCUCAAAUAAAGUAUUUUGUUGAUACAAUUCCUCCUUGUCAGAGGCCUCAUUCUUUCUCCCCACCCAACAUGGAGGAGAGGGAGUGAGGAUGUUCGGCUCAGAUCCAUCAUCUGCUCGGUGGCUUUCAGGCGCUGAGCUGUCCUGAUGGAGCUGGAACCGGCCCUGAGCCCUUCCUGAAGGAAUUCCCAAAAAGUUCGUUCAAGUGAAAACCACAUCUAAGAAGGGAUUAGAAUAGAAAGAUGCAAGGGUCUUUGCCAGCAAAAAGAGAUUUUAGAAUAUAUAUGGGAAGAACAUUAAAGUUUGAGGUUCAAGGACUUUUGUCGUUGAGGCCACAUUCCAGAGUUCUAAUGUUGCUGAGGUGAUUUACCCGCCGUGAGGGUGAUGGUCCUAGGACACCUGUUAUCAAACUGGUUCCACUCCUCAAAAUUAGUGAGGACACCAAGAAACAUGGGUAGAUUCUGUCAAUGUGUGCUGGAGCUCCCCACAGGCUAGCAAACACUGAUGGUGCACAUCUCUUCCCAGCUUCGAGUCAGUGACAUACUGGUAGCUUGAACUUGGUGUGAUGAGGGUACUUACACCAUGGAAGUCAACAAACACACUACAUGCCAGGGGUUCCCCCAUUCUCUGCUCCCCACCCUCCUCAGGGAGCUGCUUGUUAAACAUUUAUCACCACUCCACUGGUCACCAAUGUUUAUCAUAUUUAAAGUUAAAACAUUUAAAAAUAAUGAUUCAUUUAAAAAAUGAAAUUGCAUAUUAACAUUUUUAUGAAAAAAUAGCUAAUUUCCAAAAAAGCUGAGAAUGGCAUUGCUUACAUGUUUUCAGAUCUUUUUGAUGUCUGGUUUAAUAGGAGAGAGCUGUAUUCUUAUACUUGCUCUGCACAUAGUCUGUUGUGAUCUAUUUUAAGAAAAUCAGGCCUCACACAAAUAUGUAGUCCGAAAAGGAUUACUUAAUAGCUGUUUCAAAUCAUUGUUGAUACUGUUUUGUAUUACAACAAAACUGAUAAGUGGCAGUUUCUUAAAGGUUAAUUGCAGUUGGAAUAUGAAAUCACAUCAAUAAACUUUACUAUGGUUAUAAUAAA